GUUAUGACAUCAUGGACUCAUCAUGUAGAUUCUCCGACGCUUGCCCCCGCGGUCUAUAUAUUCCAAUCUGACCUGCGACGGUCACCACGGAGCCCGAGAUCGCGCUCCGAUAUCACGGCUGCGCGUACACCAGAUUCUGAUUAUCACAAUGAGACUACCAAAUUUGAAGAUGCCCCGUACGAGGCCAGAGAACCAUUUCAACGGCGAUACACUGCCGCAAGAGGUACCUCCGAUCGAUCCGAAUCACAAAAAGUCCGAGGAAGCGAUUGUCGACACGCCCAUUCCCCUGCUUACGUGGCGCUCCUUUUUGAUGGGCAUUUUCGUGUCCAUGGGCGGUUUCCUUUUCGGGUAUGAUACCGGCCAGAUCUCGGGCUUCCUGGAAAUGCCGGAUUUCCUCCAGCGAUAUGGCCAACAACACUCAGACGGCACAUACUACUUCUCCAAUGCCCGUUCGGGGUUGAUUGUCGGCCUAUUAUCGAUCGGUACCCUGAUCGGCGCUUUGAUCGCUGCCCCCAUCGCAGAUCGCAUUGGCCGAAAAUGGUCCAUCAGCUGGUGGAGCGCCAUGGUAUGCGUUGGCAUCACCGUCCAGAUCUCGUCACCCGUCGGAAAGUGGUACCAAGUCGCCAUGGGACGUUGGGUGGCAGGUCUGGGCGUUGGGGCCCUGUCGUUGCUUGUUCCCAUGUAUCAAGCAGAAACGGGACCCAGACAUAUUCGUGGAUCGCUCGUGAGCACCUACCAACUAUUCAUCACCCUCGGAAUCUUCGUUGCCAACUGCAUCAACUACGGAACCGAGGACCGGGCCGACACAGGAUCCUGGCGAAUCCCCAUGGGCGUCACCUACAUCUGGGCCAUCAUCCUCGGAGUGGGGAUCUCGCUCUUCCCCGAAAGUGCCCGCUUCGACUACCGCCACGGAAAAGAGGCCAGAGCAGCCAACACCCUGGCCAAUAUGUACGGGAUCCCGAUGAACCAUCGGAUGCUGAAGCUUGAGCUCGACGAGAUCCGCCAAAAGUUCGAGGAGGAACGAGCACGCGGAACAAUCACCUGGGGCCAACUCUUCCGCGCUCCGCGCAUGGGAUAUCGCGUGGCCGUGGGCGUGGCCCUGCAAGCACUGCAGCAACUAACCGGUGCCAAUUACUUCUUCUACUACGGCACGACUAUCUUCCAAGGUGCCGGGAUCGAGAACAGCUACGUGACCCAGAUGAUCCUCGGCGGCGUCAACUUCGGAACGACCUUCCUCGGCCUCUAUCUCAUCGAGAACUACGGUCGUCGUCGCUCCCUCAUCGCCGGAGCAUUAUGGAUGUUCGUCUGCUUCAUGGUCUUCGCCUCCGUGGGCCACUUCUCCUUGGACCACGAAUUCCCCGAACGCACCCACACCGCCGGGGUAGUCAUGGUCGUAUUCGCCUGUCUCUUCAUCUUGGGCUUCGCCUCCACCUGGGGUCCCAUGGUCUGGACCAUCAUCGCAGAACUCUACCCAUCCGAAUUCCGCGCCCGCGCCAUGUCCCUCGCCACCGCAUCCAACUGGCUCUGGAACUUCCUCCUCGCCUUCUUCACCCCCUUCAUCACCAGCGCCAUCGACUUCCGCCUCGGCUACGUCUUCGCCGGCUGUCUCUUCCUCGCCGCAGGGCUCGUCUACGUCGCCGUCAUCGAAGGGCGCGGUCGCACCCUCGAGGAAAUCGAUACCAUGUACGUCAUGAAAGUGAAGCCGUGGAAGAGCUCCAAGUUCGAGUUUCCGGACCUCGCGCCGUAUGAUCGUCGGGGCUCGGCGGCGUCGAAGGCAGAGGCGUCGCAUAUUGCGAGGUUGAGUGCGGGGAAUGAGACGGGUGCUGGGGCGCAGGGGUUGGAGGUGUAGGUGGUGCUUUGGGAUGUUGGGGGAGAGGAGGCUGGGUUGUCAACGUUCGCUGUAACCCUUGUGUUCUGGCACUCGCGCGCCCU